CAUGGGUUUGCCUUGAGUUCUCGUUCCUCAUUCUAAACACUGCCGUCAGGCGUGUCGGUUGGUGCGAGCUUUCCUCGUGGCGCUUGAGCCUGCGCGUUUUCGUGAUUUCACCAGGAAGUGCAUGGGAUGUAGCUUCUGUAGUAAACCUUGCCUGAAAAGUAUCCAAGCGCUGACAGUUCUGUGACGCGUCAUACCCAGUGGCGAGCAGCUUGCGUUACGGGCUCGGAAAGCAUGUUUUCCUCGCGCGGCAAAACAACGAUGGCCCUUCUCCGUCACACCAAACCGCUGAUUCGUGCGCUGCUUCGUGCUCAGCGCCAUACAGCUACAAGGCCACAGUCUGCUGUGGUUGUGGAACAACGGAAGCUUGUCACCAGCUACCAAUGUGAGCCGAGUGAAAUGCCCCUGACUGGUGAAACAUUCGGACAGCACAUAGACGGCGCUGCUGCCAAGUGGGGUGAUGAUGUUGGCUGGGUGUUUCAGCACAAUAAUCAACAAAUGACCUUUGGAAAUUACAAAGCUGAUGUGGACAGUGUUUGCAAAGGAUUGUUAUCUGCUGGUUUCACCAAAGGAGAUACAAUUGCCAUCUGGUCUCCUAAUUCGUACAACUGGAUAGUUAUUUAUGGUGCUAUGGCAAAGGCUGGCAUCCUGUCUGCUUGUGUACAUCCUGCUUAUACUGCAGUGGAGUUUGAAAAAGUGCUGACAAAGGUGCGUUUUGCAGGGAUAUAUGUUCCAGAAUCAUUCAAGGUUCUCAAGUACUAUGAGAUGCUCUGCUCCUUGAUUCCUGAGCUAAAAGACUCCAAUCCUGGCCAGCUGAAUUCUAAGAAGUAUCCAUUCCUAAAAGGCAUUAUUGUGGAGAGCGACAAGGCAUUGCCAGGCUGCAUCAACUGGCAAGACAUUCUGCAAGGAGGAAACGUCAACUUAGCGGAGGCAGAAAGCAAAGUUGGCAUGGAUGAUCCUGUUACCAUUGUGUUUACUUCUGGGACCACAGGAGCUCCAAAGGCAGCUAUGCUUUCCCAUCAUGGAUUUGUAAACAAUUCUAUCAUGUAUGACCAUGCUUCACCUGAAGCUGAGCGCUCAGUCCUGUGCAGCCCCUUACCUUUCUUCCACGUCUUCGGCAUGACUACCAUCCUGGGCUUGACUGUUAUACGAGGAAACUGUUCUGUGGUUCCAAGUCCUGGUUAUGACACCAAGGAGGUUCUCAAAUCCAUUCAUACGUAUAGGUGUUCACAGGUUGCUGGAGCACCAACCAUGAUUGCAGACAUGAUAAAUCAUCCAGAGUUCAGGAGCUUUGAUCUUUCCUGCCUAAACAGAGUUGUAAUGGGAGGCAAUGCGGUGACACCAGAGAUGAGAAGGUUGGCCAGGGAAAAGUUCAAAGCCGACGUCUGGGUUGGCUAUGGAGCUACAGAGACAACAACAGUAGCUACUCUGGUGACUGAAAGAGAUCCUGAGAGCAAGCAAGAGACAACUGUUGGGAGACCUGUAGGCUACGUAGAGGUAAAGAUCGCAGAUCCUGUCACGGGCAGGGAGACUGCCAUCAAUGAACCUGGAGAGGUGUGGGUUCGAGGUCAUAAUAUCUUUAUUGGCUACUACAAUGAUGAAGCAAAGACUAAAGAAGUCAAAGGACCUUCUGGAUGGUAUAAGACUGGAGACCUGGGCAAAAUGGAUGAAGAUGGCUACCUGAGUAUCAUCGGGCGUCUGAAGGAUAUGGUCAUCAGAGGAGGAGAGAACAUUUAUCCACUUGAGAUUGAAGAAGUUCUCAACACCCACCCUGCUGUUGAUGAAUGCCAUGUAAUUGGAGUGCCAGAUUUGCGGAUGGGUGAAGAACUUUGUGCCUGGGUGCUGCUUAAGCCAGAAUCCAAGGUAACUGAUGCUGAGCUUCAGCAGUACUGCAAAGGCAAGCUUAGCCACUUCAAGAUUCCAAAGUAUUUCCUCUAUGAGAAAGAUUAUCCAAAGACAGCUAUAGGCAAAGCACAGAAAAACAGAAUGCGGGAAACAGCCGCAAUGAAGUUAGGUCUGUGAGCAGGAAGAACUCAGUGAUGAUGGACUUUACCACCUUGAUCACCUUGUGGCUUCUGGUGCUUGUUGGCCUCUUGGACCUGAGCCUGCAAAUGGCAAUAAGAAGAGUCAUUUCUUGCUUCAGAAGUGGUGCAAGCAUUGGCAGCAUGCAUUUGUUGACUUUUUCAAAGGCAGUACAGCAAGUAAAGACAUCAUGGUGUGUAGUGAUAAACUAUAUUGGAACUUAUGUGUCAUGCUUGUUGUAAGAGCAGUCAGAUGUGGUGGUGGCCUGUAGAGCAGAUGAUAUUACGGUGUGCUUAUAUUUGCUCGCUUAUUCUGCACUGUUAAAUGACAAGGAUACAGGCUCUUUCACAAAGAGGCAAUCCUUCUAUGUGGUAUAGGAGCCCUCCACAAAAUGCGUACUGUUUCUCAGGAACACACGGAGAAGCUGUACCUGUGGUUUUACUGAAUGUGAAACGGAGUUUCACUCGCAGAUUUGUCAAGUCGCAAUUGUUCUAGUGACAGUGUUUACAGGUCACCAGUGAUACAUGCAUUUAGUGUGUUUAUUGUGCUAUGUAAAGGAGGCCAUGACUACUACUUGUUUAUCUUCUUUCAGUACGUAUAGAAAGUCUGAAUAGACUGGCAGUUCUUAUGGAACACAAGUUUUGUGAUAAAACAUGAAAGUUCUGUUUGUAGAGUCUAUAAGCGCGACUGAACGAGGACGUAGAAAGAAACAGAUACACAGACACAGCGCUUUGUAUUGUGCUUUGUAUACGGAUAUUUGUUUAAAUAAUUACUCGCAACUCAAAUCAUGUUUUAUGCACAGACAAUUGGUCCACUUAUCUGUACAGAAAAUAGAAAGAGCUUAAGCUUUGCUCAUUUUCUUUUUUGUUUUGAUGUUUUGCUCAGAUAAAUAUAGCCACUCACCUGUGUCUUUGUCUUACCAUAUGCCAACUUUUACUGAGCUAAGUUAUGCCGUCAAAUCCGAAUGCAUGCAAUAUUUUGUAUUUUGUUUGUCUUUGGCAAUUCUCUUCAUCUUUACGACGCAUUCUCUGAUAGUGCUCAAUAUUUUGUUGUUAUCGAGUAUGUUGAGUUGGAUGUGUAUUUGAGAAUGUUGUGCAUAAAAUGCCAAGGUUUGUUCUUAGCUGUGCUGGGAAUCAUCUGAAAUGACUUCGUGGGCUAUACUGCAUGUUAUGGUACACUUUUUCCUCUUUAAUCUAGUGCCACAUCUUGUAUCAUACUGUGCCUUCUGUUUAAUCUCAUUUCAGUCAUCUUGUGGCAAACUGUGUGUUAAGAUGUGUUAACCACACAUGCCAUAUUCACAUGAAUAUAGCAUUACUUCAUUUCUCAUAAAUUUCCAGACUAAAAGUUUAGAUUGGAAUAAAUAGCACUCUAGGAAGCUUGUAAACAAACUGUCCUAUGAUUAAUAUAUGUUUUUUUUUUCUUCAAUACAUUGGGCUUCAUCUUUGAACAAAGAAGCUUUGAAUGGAGGAAGCAGGCCCUAUUUUAUUACUUUUGCAUUCACCCUAUACAAAAAUAGGCUAUGUACUAAAAUGAUAAAAUUAUCUAUCUCAUGCCAAAAACGAUGGUUUCUUGCAAAUCUGGCAUAAAGCUAUUUUGCUGAAAAUGUGAUGCGUGCUUUCUGUGAUUUGUACACGAUUUUCUUCAGCCCCAAAGAUAUGUAGUCAUUUUCAUUGGAUACAUGGUACUACAUAAUAUACGCACUUAUGUGGUCUCCUA